UAUCGUCAGCUCAUCCUCCUGGCAACAUCCAGCCGAACCCGGGCGACUUUGAACUCUGAGACUCAGACACGGCACUGCAUCGGCACCCCAGUCCCCUUUAGCCACCGAAAGGCAAAUCCACUUGGAGAAACUCCUUGGCGUUGACGUUGGCAGACAGAGGUGCCCGACAGGAGACUGACUCCUCUUUACGGAUCUUAAAGGGAGCUGACAUCACAGAUGAGAACAAUGUCUGAUGAGACAGAACAGAGAAUGUGCGAUGAGGACUUUGGUUCUGACGAGGAGGGGGAGGAGGGCGACGUGGAGUCCUAUCUAGAGGACAACAGUAGUGAGCUCAUGGACAGACUCAGAGAGUUGGAGGCCGAGAAUUCUGCCCUGAUGUUGGCGAAUGAGAGUCAAAGGGAGGCUUAUGAGAGAUGCCUAGAUGAGGUGGCCAACCACGUGGUCCAGGCUCUGCUAAACCAAAAGGAUCUCAGAGAGGAAUGCAUCAAACUGAAAAUGUUGGUGUUUGACCUAGAGAGACAGAACCGGGCGUUGUGUGAGCUUUUCCAGCAGAAAUUGCCCAAUCACCCCACCACUCACUACCAGGUCCAGCCGGGACCCCUCCCAGACUACAAUGCACAGCUGCACAAUGACUCUGCCAAGCAGGUGGAGCCUGCACAGACUGAAGCACAAGCCAAGGGAAAUGGCUACCGCACACAACAUGCCUCCCCCGGUCCCCGCGGCCCUGCCGCCUCCAUGGAGGCUCUGUCUCCUUUCUUCAAGAAGAAAGCACACAUCCUGGAGGUCCUGCGCAAGAUGGAAGAGACAGACCCUCUCAAGUUCCACCCCUCCACGGCUAGCCUCUCCUUCUGCGACUAUAGCCAGGUGCUCAUGUCCACAGAGGCUGUUCUGGCUUCUGCAGACCCACUUCCUGUACAGUGCAAAUCCCACCACACGCACUGCCAUUGUUCCUGCACUGACUCGGACACACACCAACAUGUCAACGGUGAAGGAGCAGUAAAGUGUGAGGGAGGGAACACCUGCUGUUUACAUUGCAAGAAGAGCCCGGACAGUCCCCCUAAGCCAUGCAGCCACGUCUGUAGCCCCCCAAAAGCCAACUCUGCCACCCAGAGCCAUGUUGUCCCUGCAGCUGCUAUGAGCGAAUGUCACAUUAAGAGCACAACGGUGGAGUCUGCUCCCCCAUCAAAACAAAGCAUUAAGAAUGACAACCACCAGCACACAGCAGGUGUCACACCCCACAUGUCAGUCAUAGAAAUAGCCAAUCAGAGUCCAGAUGUGAUGAGGGCAGAGCAAGAUACAGUGGAGAGCACCUCUGGUGAACUCACUGGCUUUUAUCCUGCCUCCCAUCUGCCUGUGUCUGUGAAGGAGAGCUCUCACAAUGCCCAUUGUGACUUAGAAAUGGGAGAGACGGUUCAUAAUGGACUGACGCAUCCCUCUACUGAAGGCUCCAUGCCCGAUGACCCCUCAGUUAUCCCUGAGAAAGACAACACAGACCGAGAGGCAUCUUGUGUGAGAGCCAAUGCCUCUCUCAGCCCUAGCUCCUCCUGCCUCAGUGAUGUCAAAGCUGCCGCCAUCAACUCCCCGUCCAAGUUACUUAAGUUCCUCAAGAUUCCCUCCAUAGGUGAGAAGUCUCAGGCUUCAACCAGUCCCGUCCGUCUUAGUCCCCAGCUCACCCGCAACUCCAGGAUCCCUUGCCGCACCAACAACUAUGAAGUGUACCAUUCUCCUGUCCCCACACGCAGAGCCACCACCACAGAGAGGUGUAGGCAGCCACCACCACCACCGUCCAGAUCUGAGUCUUACCCAGCCACACACUCCGCCCCAACCUCCCCGCCCCAGCCAGAGGACACCGGUUCCCCUCCAGCCAAGGAAAUAAGCUACAGCAGCCUCUCUGCACCUAAAGCCAGUGUUGGUCCAAAGCUGGGCCUUGCCACCUCCUCCACUUCCUCCACUUCACCCAAAGUAUCCCAGAAGGUCCCACAUUAUGAGAAUGUGUCUGAUCUAUCUACCAACUGUAGAGAAGAGGCACCACCCCAGGGUCUAGAGAAAAGAACCACGCUACCCAUUCACACCAAGUCAAGUGGUGGGGAGAGGAAGCUAGUCAAGUCACUACCCGAGAGUGUCCUCAACCCCUCUCCACAGCGCAAGCAAUCAUCCUCCUCCACUUCAGAAUCCACAUCAGAUGAGGAAGAUGAUUCGGAGAGCCCAGUAUGGGUUAACCACCACAGUCUGCCCAACACUUCUGCCCUAGGUAAAGCUCAGGGCAGAGCAAAUUAUUCAAGAACUAGAGACAAACAGGAGACUGAUUCCAGGGAGAGCACCAUACAGAGCUCUGAGGUCACCCAGCAACCUCCUCCGCCUCCAGCCAAGAGAAAUGAUCCUUCAUCCAUCCCCAAAAGGCCUGGGACCAGCUCAGGGAGGUCGCCAGCUGAUUCAAGUCACCAUGCCUUCAAAGACAGGCUGGCCGCGCUUGGAAAACUUAGGAGCUCUGAAGAUUUACAAGUUAGCCUUAAGGCCGUUGACACAUCAAAUACAAACAUGCAGUGCAGUGAGAGCAAUAUCACCUACACCGAUGAAAGAAGUAAGACAGCGGAGAGACCCAUUGAGCACAAUAAAGAGGAACAGAGACAUUCAAAAUAUACAGACUCCUUAGAUGGUAAACCUAAAGGCAGCAGUAGUGGAUUGAGGUACCAGGGGUCCUCUCAGUUGUAUGAACCAGGAGUGAAAUCUCUGCCCUCUGGCCCAACCGUGGUCAAAACAGAACUGUGUGUGACCAAAGCAGAAAGCCCCAAGAGUAAGCUCGGCCUGCCAUCCCCCAACACAGAUGGUCCCCAGUUGUUACGAAACAAUCUGAAGUGUCCUGGUUCCCUGAAUCUGGCAUACAAUGCUAAAGCUGGCCUUGGCCCUCACAGUAGCAACAGUCCCAACAAAGUGCCCCCCAAAUCACCCUCCAAACCUUGCCAAGGCCCCUCUACUCACAGAGGGGGAAAACCCACAGAGACGCCACGCUAUUCCUCCAAAUCUGAGGAGAGGUCAAAGAUCAGUGGGAAAGGGAAAAAGAACCUGACAUAUGGAGAUAGCCUACCCCCUCCUCCCCCAAGACCUCCGACGUCAGACAUCCAGGAGGAGAAACCCUCACACCCGGUCCCCAGCCCACAGUCGGCCAUUGAACAGAAAGUGAUGAAGGGCAUCGAGGAGAAUGUGCUAAAGCUCCAGGAGCAGGACAGAGGAGGGCAAGGAGCCGAGGUCAAACAGAAAGCCUCCAAUGGAAUCGCCAGCUGGUUUGGUCUGAAGAAGAGCAAGCUCCCAGCACUCAGUCGGAAAACAGACACAACCAAAACCAAGGACGAGAAGAAGGAGUGGAAGAUUAACAUCCCCUCGGUGGGGAAGGAUUCGGUGAAGAUGGCCACCAGGUGUAAGGAAGGGGUGGAGGGUCUUAACAUCUCUACCCUGAUGGAGAAGGCGGAGGGGCUGAGGAGAGCCCUGGAAGAGGAGAGGGCCUAUGUGGAGAGGUCAGGGCGGGGUCACUCCUGUGAGGUGGUGAUGGACCAGGCUCAGGGACAGCUGGCUGUCAUGUAUAGGGGAGCGCGUUCGGACAACUUCAUGCAGCAGCUGCUAAACAGAGUGGAUGGGAAGGACAUGAUCAGCAUUCCUCAGCGACGGCUCUCGUUUGACUGUAAGACCUCCAGGCCAGUGUUUAGUCAGCAGAGUGAUGUCAUCAGCCACACCACCAGUCGUGACGAUAUGGAGAAGGGUUCAGACGGAAUCGGCAAUGUGACAUCAGAUGAGAACCUGGCAGAUUCGGGUCACUCCCAACACUUUGCUGGUUCAGGUGCCUCCACCUACACCCUGGACAGUGGUAUUGGUACUUUCCCCCUGCCUGACUGCAGCAGUGGUGCAGCAGGAAGAAGCCUUUCCAAGGUGAGGGCCGGGGCAGAGCACCAUGCUUCUGGUUCGCCAGGGAAGGCCGGGCGACGGGCCCGAACCCUGGACAGGGAGAUGAUUACUCAGGAUGAGUGUUGUGCGCCGCACAAACAGCUGAUUCCCACCAUUCAGUAUGGUGCCAUGUUGGAGGGGAGGAGCACUCCUGGUGUCAUCCGUGAAGAGGCCCAUGGAGGCAACAUGUUCUCACCCCGAUCCAAGACUUGGACGUUCCCCAACCUGAAGACCCCAGCAGGACCCACUGAGGUCUACCUGGCAGUGGAGGAGGAAGAGGAGGAGACAGUACCAUAUGGGUCACCAUUCAGAGGGAGCGUGAAGCCUGGCGGUCCUUCUUCCAGCCGUAUGGUCGACCCAGGCAGCCUGCCCGUCCCUGCCCAGUCAGGACUGAGCCGCAGAGGAAAGACUCGUACUCCCAGCGUCCCCGAGAUGAGCCGGGAGGCGGGGCUGGAGCUACUCAGGGAGCGGCCGGAGGAGGCGCUCUCCCCGAGCCGCCCUCAGGUCCUCGAGACCCCGGAGUCACUCAGCGAUUCCCUCUACGACAGCCUCUCAUCCUGCGGUAGCCAAGGAUGAGAGGGCCCCGCACGGCUUUUUUUUGGGGGGGGGGGGGGGGGCUGAGAAGAGAGGCGAAUACCCCUCUAGUCUCGAGACGCUAUGACAAACUGAAGUCUAGCAAUUGCUGGCUGUACUGUGAUGCUGCUGACCCCUGCCAGCCUUUGAGGAACGUGGAAAAGAACUGUGCUCCGUUGAUGUCCACCAGAACCUUUUUCUCAAGAUGACGCCGUUUUCAUCAUUGGCUCUUAAAACUGUCGCAACUGGAAAGAUUGAUAGACGGACUUCUCCUCAGGAUUUCAAAUGAAUAUGAAACCAAAAGCCACCCAAAUAACAUAGGUUGUUCACUUUCACUUUUUUUCCCCCUACGGUGAAAUUGACCGUGGACACUUAAAAGUCAUAUAUACAAGACUACAAAAAGCAUGGGCAAGCUGAAGAUGAUCACAAAUUGUCACUCCCAAAAUGAAAAUAGUUUUCACUGAGUUUUGCCUCAUUCUCAUCUUUUUUUCUGAUCCUGUAAAGUGGAUUCCUUAUAGUGAGAAGCAUCGACCAUUCAAAUAACCGACAUACUGUACCAAUACAUCCAUUCUGUUCUUGACAUCAGUUUUCAAAAUAAUGUACUGAAAAAUUGUAUUUCCUUAUUGAGCUUGUUAAAAAAAAAAGAAUGUUCAUCUCCGAUUCUUACUGCUACACUCAUUCAUCACAAUUUUAAUGUAUAAACAAGUUUAAUGACCAUGCUGAGAUCAUUUCUCUCUUGCGACCAAGAGCGGUUGUCAGAAUACGUCUGUGUUUUAAAUCAUAAUGCGUUUAAAGGUAAUAUAUACCAGCAAUAAUAUCAUAGAAAAGAGAAAUGGCUACACUAUUCAAUGAAUAUGUAUUUCUAUUUAUUUAUUUUAAGUGAAAUGUACAUCAUUUGCAAUUGUCAUCUUUUUGUAAUCUUUCUGUGAAAACUGCAGCUUCCUUGCUUAGAUUAUGUUCAUAUCUUUGUAUGUCAACAUCUGUUGCUGUCUGUUUCUUAGCGACUAGAGAUCAUAUGUACCAACUGCCGUUUUUUCAACUUUCUAAUUAAAAUGUUUUGAUUUAGCUUGUGUCUUAAAUUCACCAUAUGGGUUUAGUUAGAGCUGAAUGGGAAAAUUCAAGUGUAGUUACUCCAUUACAGGUGUGUAGAUAACGGGGGAAAAAGUUCAGUUGACGUUCAACAAAUUUAUUUGAGCAAAUGUAUCAAAUCAUUGAUUUUCAAUUGUACAUCGAUAAAAUAAUUCCUUCACAGUAUACACUUUCAAAAAGUUGCAAUGUUAACAUCACAUUUGGAAAACUAAAUUCUAGAUCACAGGCAUUUUAGACCAAUUUAAAACACAAAUUGACAUAAGAGCAAUCUCAGUUAUUGGCCUAUUUUGCCUUUCCAUGGUGAAAAUAUGGACAGAUGGUGAUUGCUCUUCCCCAUACGCUAGCCAACAUCCAAUUCCAAUAUCCUGACCACCAAGUGACUUUAAGUCUGCAUGAAUGAAUUUGCAAAGAUCAUCAGAUGAGUCAGGUUGGUGCUCAUGGUUUCUGUCGAUUGACCAUUCUUGCCCCUCAAAAUGUUGGUCAACAACACAAUAUUGUUGGAAUAAAUAAUUACAAGGAAAAUCUCUCAAAGGGUAUGAUGAACAUUACAUGACACCUUGUGACAAUAAGAUAUUUGAGGAUAACUAAAGUGGAUCAAUAAAUCAAAUUACAAAAUUUCAAAUAAAACAAAGGUCAGUCUCAGAAGCUCACAUGACUUGCUAAGGUAUAAACUGUAAUGUUAUUUAUGGCACUAAAUAUGAAAACCUGUAAAUGCUGCUCAGCUUCUGGGAGCCUUCAUAGGGCAAUGCUCCCCUCUAUAGGCCAAGCAUAGUCACUGCAGCA